GUGUUUGUGUCUGUGUCUGUGUCUGUGUCUGUGUCUGUGUCUGUGUCUGUGUCUGUGUCUGUGUCUGUCUCUGUGUCUGUCUCUGUCUGUCUGUCUGUCUGUCUGUCUGUCUGUCUGUCUGUCUGUCUGUGUCUGUCUGUCUGUCUGUCUGUCUGUCUGUCUGUCUGUCUGUCUGUCUGUCUGUCUGUCUGUCUGUCUGUCUGUCUGUCUGUCUGUCUGUCUGUCUGUGUGUGUGUGUGUGUGUGUGUGUGUGUGUGUGUGUGUGUGUGUGUGUGUGUGUGUGUGUGUGUGUAUGUAUGUGUGUGAUUUAGGACAGUAAAUGUACAAUCGAGCCUGAGAAAAAAAACAGGAUGACUGUAGCAGAAAACCACAUGAGGGCAGUAGAAAGCUGCUUUUAAAUGAUUUCUUCCUCUCCCCCCUUCUCUUCUCCCCUCCCCCUCGCCAUAGUGGGGGGGGGGGUGUGUAUUGAUGGAUCAGGAUGUCAACCAAUAACAACAUCGCCCAGGCCAGGAAACUGGUGGAACAACUGAGGAUCGAGGCAGGGAUCGAACGUAUUAAGGUGUCUAAGGCAGCGGCAGACCUGAUGAGUUACUGUGAGCAGCACGCCCGUAACGACCCACUCCUCGUUGGCAUCCCAACGUCAGAAAACCCUUUCAAAGACAAGAAACCCUGCAUCAUCCUAUAGCUGCACACUCGUCUCUGCCCAUCAGACACACACACACCCCUGCCCACACACACACUCCCACCGGCUGACUCUGCAACAGCCAACAAGCCCCAGCUCUAUCAAGCUAUACAUACAACACACACACACACACACACACACACACACACACACACACACACACACACACACACACACACACACACACACACACACACACACACACACACACACACACACACACACACACACACACACACACAGAAACUAAAUAGCCACUCUGGAAAAGCGCCAUACUCAAUAGUCACAGCUAGGGGGCGGUGUCUGUGUUUACAGACCACAUUACCACAUUAGUGAUAUUAGCCCUGAGUUGUGUCUCUGUGGUGCUGAGGGUAAACCUGCACUAACAUGUAGCCCUAACUGAUACUGGUUACUGAUUCACCCACAGAGAUAGUGACACUCAAGUGGAGAUGACAGAUUUACUUCAAAAAGGGAUUAGGACAAUUAUCUUAAUAGAAACCCACAGUCGCCUACAUGAAGUUAUAGGCUGAUGUAUGGCAUGUAUUUUAGUGAAUCAAUGAUUUAUUGAUUCAUUGAUUAAUCGAUUGAUUGAUAGCAUGUAUCUGGGUGCUGUGGAGUGAGGGGUGUAAGGUACAUGAGGGUAAGGAGUGAAGUGGAGGGUGUAUGUGUGACCAAUCCGAUGUAAAACCUGGGUCGUCCGUGUGAUACAAGCUGUGUUAGUCCUGUCAGCUAAAGCCUAGCCAUUAGCCGUGGAAGUUAAUACAAGUCUUCAGGUCUCAGGCAUGGUUACCCAUCACUAAACCACCGUGGCUGUACACGGUGUGUUUGUUAGCCAUAUAGUGGCUGACUUGCCACUAACUUGCUAAGUAUCACAAUGGGGAUGGCCCCUUCCUGAAUCCUUGGGUCAACAGUAAUGUCAGUGUUUCCACAAGACAUUGUGUUUUUGUGAACAUGGCAUUGAAACACUGAGCAGGUUGGUACAUGCUGCAUAUGUACCCACUGGGUUUAAACCCGGAUCAUCUGCAAUGCCACAAGUCUGUGUUAGCCCACUGAGCUAAAGCAUAGGCUACAUACACUCCCACUCUAGCGACGGUUAUCGAUCAACAGUGUUACUGCUUUGGUUUUGAUUUCUUGGUCAGUGGGUUUUCUAUAGGCCAAAACUCCAGCUGCGUCGACUUGUGGAGUAAGUUGCCCCUAUAUACUGAUCUAAGAUCAGUCUUGUGUUUUCCCUCUAAUGGUAAAGGUUAGGAUUUAGAGAGAGUAAUCUGAUGCUAGAUCUGUGUCUAAAAGGCUGCGUUUACACAGGCAGCCUAAUUCAGAUCUUUGUCCACUAAUUGGUCUUUUGACCAAUCAGAUCAGCUCUUUUUCCAAUAAUUGGGCAAAAGAUCAGAAUUUUGCUGCCUGUGUAAAUGCAGCCUAAUGAAACUUCUAUCGUGAGUACUGAGGCUAACUGUGUUCAACUCUUUAUUUUAACCCCAGAAGUAUAUAUAUAUGUUUUUUAAUUGAUUAUCGUUUCAAUAUUUUGUCAAUUUAUUGCCAUACACUUAGCAGAUACUGUAGGUUUCCAUUCCCUCCUUAAUUUACACUUGAGGCAAAAGUUUACCUUAACCACAGAUCUAGGAUCAGAUUAUCAUCCCCAAUCUUAACUUGAACCAUAAGGGGGGGUGUACAAAUAUCUGAUACUAUAUCAGUGGUUAGAUACAUCACUAGUUCUGCCAAUGAGAGCAAGCAUCACAUCAUGGGCUUUGCUUAUUGGCUCAUCGUGUGUUCUAUUGAGGAACAGGAGCAAAUUACAAAGUGGUGUCCCGUGUCCCCACCUCCACAGUCCUAUUCCUCUACUCCCAAACCAAACUUGAUUGUAAAAAAUGUAAAAGACACUAGAGAAAAUAAAAACAAAAGUGUAUAAACCUUCUUUAAGCCAUGUGCAGAAGUGAUAUGUUUUGAGAGUAGCUGUUUUGGGUUUGGAUUAAGUUUCUUUCUAAAUGGAAGCAGGUCAGUCGAGUAUUAUUAUCGAACUGUACAGUGUUUGUAAGAUAAAACCUAGGCAAGAAUUCAAUCAAAGUGCAUUAAACUUUUUCCACCAAAAAAACUAAAAUGUGCUUUAAUUGAAUGUCAGCCUGUUGCAGAAUAUUUUCUGUGGACGUUCAAUUUUUGCGUAAAUGUUUCCCUUCUGUCAGAAUUUAGUCUGUUUCCUCAUUCAGCUUGAGGCACACACACACACACACACACACACACACACACACACACACACACACACACACACACACACACACACACACAGACACACAGACACACACACACAGUUUCCUAAUGUCUUUUAAAAGUGAUUAUCUGAGGGAGAAUAUUGUUCUUUCUUAAUUCAUUCAUUCCACGACGGUUAUUUUGAUUGAUUGGUUGUUUGAUUGAUUGGUUGUUUGAUUGAUUGGUUGAUUGAUGGUUUGCCUUGUUGUGGUGUAUUGUGUUGUAUGCUGGUUAGGACCAGGAGUUUUACCUGGUCAGGUCACAUGGUCAGGGACAACAUUCUAGCCCUAGACUUGAGAGUAUUUGAGGGAACAGUCUUAAAAGAAGACACGAAGCUCUAGAAUGGAAGUCUUGUGGUGCUCCCAUUCCCACAUCAUUCACUAUGGCUGAUCUAGGUCAGUUGAAAGUUUUCUCCCCCUAAAGAUUAUGUCAGGAUUUGGAGAAUGGAAUCUGAUCCUAGAUCUUACCCAGAGCAGAACGCUAGAACCCUAAAACAAAUUUCUGUCCCUAGACACUGAUCUCGGGUCAGUUUUACCUGGACUCAUCAUUGUGUUUUUUAUCUCCUGUGUAUGCAUAUACAGUAUGUAUCUCUGGUAACGCUUUGUUUUGCGGUCCUCUUUAACUUGGUAUUUGCUUAGAAAUAACAUGGUAAAAACAUGUGUUUCGUUGCAAGCCAGGACUAUUUAGUACCAGGUUGAAAGUCCCCAUUGCUACCACAAUGUGUUCAUUCCAGCUGGGACAGGACUGUAAAGUAAAGCGUUACCGGAUCUUUUUGCCUUGAUUAAUUGUGAAUGAUCAGUUAUAGAUUAUGAAGGAAAUAUAAUAUCUAUUUUUUUGUAUCUGGUCGCUCUGAUGUGCCAUAACUCAUGUUUUCUUGCACACUGUUCAUAUCGUACAGUUAAAUACUUUACUGUUAAGACUUUACUGUUAAUAUGUUUUGUGGAUAUUGCUGUUAAAAAAAUAUGACAUUGAAAAAGUAGACAACAUUAAUAAAAAUAUAAUAACGCCUAA